CAAAAGUUCCUGGUUUGCUUAGGUUUCUUGGGACCGGUUUCUGGCUUGAUCACAGUUGUGCUAUUCACUAACACCGGGAUUCCAGAAGGAGGGGCACGCUGAAGGCAGAUGGAUCCUGGCAAGCAAGAGAGAAUGAAGAAUUCCACUGUGGAUGUGUGAGGGUGAGAUGUGGCCCCUCCGAGGGAAGCGCAGUUGGAUGUUUAGGGCAGGAGCUCAGGGGAGAGGAUUUGGCUGCCGAUAACGAUCUAAAAAUCAUCCCCAUGUGGAUGCAGCUGACGCCGUGCAGAAGUAGCAGAGGUCAGGGUCUCAGAUACAGCCUGAAAAGCAUCCACAUUUAGAGAAUGAAAGAGGUAAAGGUGACAGAGGACAGGCUGGGCAACAGGAGGAAAGCCAGGCAAUCACGGUAUCACAUAAGCCAAGGAAGCAGUGUUUCAAAAAACACAGACUGAAAAAGAAAGAGACAGAGCCGCCGAGAGGUCAAGUUUGCUAACUAUUGGGAAGGUCCAUUGGAUUUAGCAACAUCCCGGAGGGCAGCUCUAGUGGAUUGGUGGGGACAGAAACCAGGGCCUCUGUGGAUUGAAGAGCCAAUGAGAAAUGAUCGAGCAGCAAUAGUCUACGGCUCUCGCAGGCUCUGUGAGGGCUUUGCUAUGACCUCAGUCCCCUCACGGAUCCACGACUGCCCCUUGCUGCCACAGCCUUUCCAAGACCCUGCCCGGCCCUGCCCCAUCCUCAGCCCCGAGUCACCAUGGGCAGCGUCAGUAGCCUCAUCUCCGGCCACAGCUUCCACAGCAAGCACUGCCGGGCUUCGCAGUACAAGCUGCGCAAGUCCUCCCACCUCAAGAAGCUCAACCGGUAUUCCGACGGGCUGCUGAGGUUUGGCUUCUCCCAGGACUCCGGUCACGGCAAGUCCAGCUCCAAAAUGGGCAAGAGCGAAGACUUCUUCUACAUCAAGGUCAGCCAGAAAGCCCGGGGCUCCCACCACCCAGAUUACACGGCACUGUCCAGCGGGGAUUUAGGGGGCCAGGCUGGGGUGGACUUUGACCCGUCCACACCCCCCAAGCUCAUGCCCUUCUCCAAUCAGCUAGAAAUGGGCUCCGAGAAGGGUGCAGUGAGGCCCACAGCCUUCAAGCCUGUGCUGCCACGGUCAGGAGCCAUCCUGCACUCCUCCCCGGAGAGUGCCAGCCACCAGCUGCACCCCGCCCCUCCAGACAAGCCCAAGGAGCAGGAGCUGAAGCCUGGCCUGUGCUCUGGGGCGCUGUCAGACUCCGGCCGGAACUCCAUGUCCAGCCUGCCCACACACAGCACCAGCAGCAGCUACCAGCUGGACCCGCUGGUCACACCCGUGGGACCCACAAGCCGUUUUGGGGGCUCCGCCCACAACAUCACCCAGGGCAUCGUCCUCCAGGACAGCAACAUGAUGAGCCUGAAGGCUCUGUCUUUCUCCGACGGAGGUAGCAAGCUGGGCCACUCGAACAAGGCAGACAAGGGCCCCUCGUGUGUCCGCUCCCCCAUCUCCACGGACGAGUGCAGCAUCCAGGAGCUGGAGCAGAAGCUGUUGGAGAGGGAGGGCGCCCUCCAGAAGCUGCAGCGCAGCUUUGAGGAGAAGGAGCUUGCCUCCAGCCUGGCCUACGAGGAGCGGCCGCGGCGCUGCAGGGACGAGCUGGAGGGCCCGGAGCCCAAAGGCGGCAGCAAGCUCAAGCAGGCCUCGCAGAAGAGCCAGCGUGCGCAGCAGGUCCUGCACCUGCAGGUACUGCAGCUUCAGCAGGAGAAACGGCAGCUCCGGCAGGAGCUCGAGAGCCUCAUGAAGGAGCAGGACCUGCUGGAGACCAAGCUCAGGUCCUACGAGAGGGAGAAGACCAGCUUCGGCCCCGCGCUGGAGGAGACCCAGUGGGAGGUGUGCCAGAAGUCAGGCGAGAUCUCCCUCCUGAAGCAGCAGCUGAAGGAGUCCCAGACGGAGGUGAACGCCAAGGCUAGCGAGAUCCUGGGUCUCAAGGCACAGCUGAAGGACACGCGGGGCAAGCUGGAGGGCCUGGAGCUGAGGACCCAGGACCUGGAGGGCGCCCUGCGCACCAAGGGCCUGGAGCUGGAGGUCUGUGAGAAUGAGCUGCAGCGCAAGAAGAACGAGGCGGAGCUGCUGCGGGAGAAGGUGAACCUGCUGGAGCAGGAGCUGCAGGAGCUGCGGGCCCAGGCCGCCCUGGCCCGCGACAUGGGGCCACCCACCUUCCCCGAGGACGUCCCUGCCCUGCAGCGGGAGCUGGAGCGGCUGCGGGCCGAGCUGCGGGAGGAGCGGCAAGGCCAUGACCAGAUGUCCUCGGGCUUCCAGCACGAGCGGCUCGUGUGGAAGGAGGAGAAGGAGAAGGUGAUUCAGUACCAGAAACAGCUGCAGCAGAGCUACGUGGCCAUGUACCAGCGGAACCAGCGCCUGGAGAAGGCCCUGCAGCAGCUGGCACGCGGGGACAGCGCCGGGGAGCCCUUGGAGGUUGACCUGGAAGGGGCUGACAUCCCCUACGAGGACAUCAUAGCCACUGAGAUCUGAGGGGCUGCCUGGGAAGGCGAGUCUGGGGACCUGGCACUGGGAGGCCGGGCUCUCCCGUGCAUCCCCCCUGCUCAGCAAUUCAGACCCCUCUGAGAGACGCCACUCCCUGGGACACAGACCCAGGACCUCUGAGGGGAGGGCAGGAUGGCCUUUCCUUCCCUCUCUGAUGUCCCAGUGCUCACCAGCCCUGCAGCCCACCAGACCUCAGGCCCUGACUCCUCUGGCUUUCCCAGGAGAUGGGUCCAGGGGUCUGUCUGCUUUGGUUAAGGGCUCCCUAAACUUUGGCCUUUGUUCGAAAUAGAUAUCCUCUCCCCCUCCUCCAGGGAAGGUGGCCACAGCAAGUACAGCGGCUCCCCUCCACUUCUCAUCCCAACCUCUUUUUCCUCCUGGACACAUUGGAAUGCCUUGGAAAUAGAAAGAAGCCAUAUAUGACCAGAAGCCUUGGAACCAGCCCCAUCAGAACCUGAGCUAUUUUCCUCUGGCCGCAGAGGUGUAGGGGUGGAAUGAGCUGCGGGGAAGCUGGCUUUGAAACCUCAGGGCUGUCCCAGCCCCGGCAAGCCACAGGAAGGAGGGGAGAGACAGGCAGCCCAGCAGUGUGGAGACCCUGCCACAGCCAGAGGAGGGCAGAGGGAGAAUCCAAGGGUUGAGAGCCAGUGGCGGGUGAUGGCCAGCCCCUGGGGCCCAGCCCCUGUUUACUGGUUCUUGCAAAUGGGAGCUGAGCAGCCUCUGGACACCCAGUGGCCUUUGACCUUGGUGACCACUCUUCUUUAAGCCAUAGACCCUGAGGCCCUGGGCUGGGUGCUGGGAAGGGAGGGUUGAAACCACCGUGAACCAGAGGGUGUGGCUUUCCAGUCGCCCUCAGGGAGCCUCCCCAUCUGUCCAGCUGGGGCCAGAGGCUGGGAGUCCCUACCUGGUUCACGUUGGCCGGCGGCUACUCUGGAAUGUUUUUCCCUCCCCAGAAUCAAGCUUUUGCUUGAUCCAGAAGAGCCCAUAUCACUAAGAUGGCAUAUAUGUGAUCUGGGCAUUUUCCUCCUCUGCCUACAGCCAGGUUUGGCGGCACACCUUUCCCCCUUAGCACCUUCAGGGCUGAGUUCUGGGUUUCUAGAGGUCAGGACAGCUCCUCAGAGCGCCAGGAAGCCAGAGCCCCAAGCAGGACGAAAAAGAGGCAUAUACACGGCAGUGUGCAUAGCCUGGCCACCAGCCAUCCUCCCUCCACCUCAAGACCCCCAUUUGUCCCAGACUAAAGGAUCCAGAGAGCAGCUCCCUUUCUCAGGAGCUUGGGCAGUGCCCCAGGGAGUCCAGGGUUUCUCUGCAGAUGUGCGGAGCGGGAGGCGGUGGUAGAGAAAGAUAAAAGGUGGAGUUUCUCUGUUGUUUGGUUCAGGGAUUUUAUUUUUAGUUUUAUGAGACAGGGUCUUGCUCUGUCCCCCAGGCUGGAGUGCAGUGGCAUGAUCAUAGCUUACUGCAGCCUCAUACUCCUGGGCUCAAGCAAUCCUCCUGCCUCAGCCUUCCAACUAGCUGGGACUACAGGUGCACGCCACCAUGCCUGGCUAACUUUUCAUUUUUUUUGUAGGGACGGGGUCUCGUUUUGUUGCCAAAGCUGGUCUCAAACUUGUGGCCUCAAGCAAUCCACCUGCCUUGGCCUCCCAAAGUGCUGAGAUUGCAGAUGUGAGCCACCGUGCCUGGCCAGAUUUUUCUUUUAUUCUUCUUUCUUUUUCUUUUUUGCUUUCUUGUCUUUUCAGAAGCAAGCCAGACCUAGCAGGCUGUUCCAUGUUCUAUUUUUGACUGUAGCCACAGCUGCUGUUCUCAGGACAGCAUCCCUUCCCACAUGCCUGCGCUUGCUGCCUGCUGAGAUGAGGAGGGGAGCGUCUGGGAACUUGCGAGUCCAAGGCCGGUCCCCAUUUCUGCCUCGCUCACCGCUGGCCCUUAGAGACCCCGAGGUAGGGGUGGGGAGAUGCUUCUGUCCUUGCCCCCCGCCCUCAUGGGUCCUAGCCCUUCCCUGAGUGCGGGCUGAGGCCAGAGUCACCUUUUCUGUGGCUGGCUCUACCUUCCUGUCCCUGGGGUUAAACGGUGCCCAUCCUGCCAUCCUCAAACGACAGAGGAGUUUUUCUGGAAUUUCAAACAAUUGCUCUUAGUCCCAAGCUAGGCUUAAACCUGGAAUCUACAAGCCAAAAGUCCCUCCUUGCCUGAGGGCAGUACCCUCCAUUGGGCACAGUCCAGACCCAAGUCAAAGAUGCCCCAUUCCUUGCGCCUCAGCCCUCAGUUCCUUCAUUUCCACCAGGCUGUGCCUUGUUUGAGUUUUUCCUCCCAGUGAGACUGCCCCACGGAGAGAGAGGAAAGUGCUGGCUCCCCCUCCCCAGGCUGGAGACCCCCCAACUCCAGGAAAGAGCAGUCAGAGUCCAGUGCUCUGCCUCAGACGUUGCCUGAGAAGAAGUGGCUGCCACACCCAGGGGAAGGCCCUGAGGCCGAGGCUGUGCUCCGCCAUGGUGUCCCGGUACCUUCCAUACACAGAGGAGUGCAGCCUUCUCCAUAUCUCCAUGGCCCUGUCCCAGGCCGGCCCAGAUGUGUCCCCCCCAGGCCUUGUCCUACGUCCAAGGUGGCAGAUGUCUUCCCUGGGCUGCCACCAGCCCCCGCCCCAGAGUGGCCCACCGUGGCACUAGAAUGCAAGUGUCCUGCGACCUUGCGACCUCACCUUCCUGUGGGUGUUCUUUCCUGCCCUGUCCAAAAGCGGCCUCACUAUUCUUGGACCAUGCCAGAUUCUGCCUCUCUGGAAAGAGGCUCUAGACAGCAGAAGCCUCCAAGCACAGAGCCUGGCCCCAGGCCCCGGACAGGGUGGGCUUCCUGCCCUUCCCUCUGGGCACGCCUGCUGGCCGACCCACUGACCCACUCAGAUGGACCAACCUGCUCUGUCCCCAAAGGACGCCUGCAGGAGAGAGCAGCACUCCGCAUCACCUCACCAAGGAUCGGACUCUGCCCCUGGACCUCGGAACGACUGGACUGUCAUGGGGUUCCCUCCUAGCUCUCCCAGUGAACUUCUGCCAGGCACACACAGCCCCUAUAGCACUGAGCUCACAUGGGACUGGGAUAUGGGGGCAUCUCUUCCCCAGAGAGGCACUCGGUGAGCCUCCUGUGCCUGGCCCCAGCCUGGGCCAUCUCUUAGGUGAGACAGUUGCCCGAAACUAAGCCAGGCCUGGCUGGAGGAGCAGCAGCUUUGGGAGAGGGAUUUCCCUGCAGACCUCAAGUCAUCAUGCGGUGGGUGCUGCCAUGACAGAGGCUGCACCCCUGGGCCAGCGGGGCUGCUCACCCACCUCUUGUGCAAGGUGGCCUUUGUGCUGUGCCUGCAGGCAGAGCUGGAGCCCCCAGCAGAGGCAGGCUGGGACGGACCAGCAUUUGGAAGAUGUACAUAGUUAUUUUUCUCUUUGUGGUUUCUUGUUUGGUUUGGUUUGCUUUUGACAGCUUCAUUUUAUUUUUGACGUCACUUUUUGGCCAUGUAAACUAUUUGUGGCAAUUUUAUGUUUUUAUUUAUGAAUAAAGAAUGCCAUUUCUCACGCC